AUGCCAUUUAUUCAUGAAGAAAUCAUUAACAAAUCAAGGUAAGCUGUUAUUUAAUUUAAUUUUAUACUUAAAUCGAAUCAAAUAAAUUUAAUUAUUUAAUAGAUUAAUAUUAAGAAAAAACUGUCCUAGGAUAACGGGGACGGGUUCAGCCAUUUCUAUAGUUUAUUUAAUGUAUAUUUGUUGUUUUUUUUUCGUGUCAGGUUCAUAAUAUAACAACAAUAAUAAUAAUUUCAAUAAUGGUAACAUAAAGAAACAAUGCAUAAUAUAAUAAAAUAAAAUAAAAAUAAAAAAUAACGUAUAUUUACAAGUAACAUAAAGUUAAAUAAAAUAUAAUGUGUAAUAUGAUAUGAUAAUAUAGUUCAGUGUUAUAAGGAAGUUAUUAGUGGGUAUUUUUUCGGUCUAGAUGCGGGUACACAUAAUUCUUUGACUUGUGCCUUUUUGGAUGUCUUCUGGAGUGUAGGUGUGAGAGCAAGCUGUGCAAGUGAUGAUGUGUUGCAUUGUGUAUUCUUCUCUUCAUAGGCACAAGGUGUUUACACUAUCUAGGGGACCUGUGUUUUACCUGGGUUUAGUUUUAGGUAAUUGCGCCUAUAAUAUUUCCCAAGUACGUUCAAAUUAGCCGCUAAUUUUUUCUAUAUUUUCAAAGCUUUCAUACUGUACUACGAUUGCUGUGUUGUUUGCGUAAAUGCAGUGUUUUACAUCGCUGUUUGUGGAUAUUGGUUGUUCGUUUAUGUAGAUGUUAAAUAUAAUAGGAGCUACCACAGUUCCUUGAGGGAGACCAUUUUUGGAGAUUCUCCGCCUACUAUUCUUGCCUUAAUGAUUUACAAAAAAUCUUCUGUUACUUAAAAGGGCUUCGAAACUUCUUACAAACUCGAAAUCCAUUGUUAGCAUUAAUCUAUGGUUUACCGUGUCGUAAGCUGCUGUUAGAUCCACGAAUGCCACACCUGUGAUUUUUGUUUACAAAACCAUUCUCGAUUGUUUGAGUCAAAUUGAGUAUCUGUCCGGUACAUGAUUUUCUUGUGCGGAAACCAACUUUUUCAUUAAUUAGCUUACUGUUCACGAAGGAUAAUAGCGAUUAUGCAGCACUCUCUCAAAAAGUUUGUACGUGUGGCACAGAAGGGAUAUUGGACGAUAGUUCUUGGGGUCAUCCUUAUUUUUCCCUGGUUUUAAUAAUGCUACGAUUAUAGUUUUCCUCUAUAUUCUAGGGAUGUUUUUCCGGUUUCUUAUUUCGUUAUAUAAAGCGAGUACCUAGAGUUUGGCUUUCGGCCCAAAAUAAUAUAUCUGUUCGACAAAAAUGUUAUCUAGACCGGCUGUUUUCCUUGUUUCAUUGUCUAUAUAGCUGUGAUCAAUUCAUUCUCAUCAAAAGACCAGCUGAGGUGGUUCCCUUCCUUUUUUAAGUUUCUUGUUAUUGUUUUGUUAGGUUUAUCUUCUUUUCCGAAUUUUUGAGUUUUACCGUUACAUAAUAAUUGGUGAGCGAUUUAAUUGGGAGUGACGUUCCAGAGUCCUUUCGCGUUAGUAGGAUCACUGUUUAGCCUUUUGAUUAAGCCCCACGUUUUUUUACUACUAUGUUUCAUGUCCGUUUUCCCUAAAAGUUCGUGCCAUUUAUUUCUUUUUUCUUGUGCAAUAGUAUUUGUAGGCUCUAUCCCUUUGUUUAUGGUUUGUUCUUGAAAGGAUUAUUUUCAAACAGAUUGAUAUAAGAGUUACAAUUGUCCAUGUUCUCGCUUGAUAGUUCAGGUACGUGAUAUUUCUUACAUCCUCUUGGUAUGUGUUUCCGGGAUAUAUGCUUUACUUUUUCAACAAAAUUUUUCUAUUGGAGCAAUAUUUAUGAUGCAUGAUAAGCGCAAAAAUUUAAAAUAAUGAAAUUGUUGCUCUACGCCCCGUAAUUUGAAUAAAUCGUAUUUUUAUCGUUUUGAGUUUUCCCAAUUAUUAUAAAAAUUCUUUAAAAAAUCAAAAAUGAAAUUUAUGAUGCUUCAAUAAGGGAAAAUUUUCUUUCAGAGAAGAUACUACACUCUAUCAUAGGAGCAAGAUUUUUGGUUGAAAAGUGGUUUACAGACAGAAAAAAUUACAUAUCAUAAUAAAACUUAACACAUCAUAAAAGUUGAUCCUUAUGUAGUAGUAUUUUAGGAGAGGUACUUUAAAGAGGUUAUUUUACAAUUUUUCCUAGAGUUUUCCCAGUAAGUAAAAAACCGGGAUAAAACAUGAAAAAACCGACAAAAACGUAGGAAAAUUGGGAAAAUCGGUACAUUAAACAAAUAUAAUUAAAAAAAAAAAAUAAAGCCUAUUUAAUUAUUUUACUAUAAAAUGACAUAUAUAUUGUUGACAAAGUAUCACUAUCAACUGAACUUCGCUCUGAAUCGUUUUUUCGUGAGCAAUGGUUUAUUGUUGCUUACAAUUAUACAUUAAAUUACCUAUAACAGUAGCUGCACCCGUCCCCAUUAUCCUAGGAUGUCUUUUUUGUUAUUGUUUUAAAGCAAAAUUGUGAUGAAACUCGUAAAUAUUACAGCAUUAAAAAACAUUGCUCAGUAUUGUAUUUUCUGAGCAAUGGUUUUUAAUUGCUCAUAGAUUUAAAUUAAAUAACUUUAUAUACCCUGCCCUCCUAAUUAAAAACAGCAGUAGAACACCCAGCAGCAGUGUAUCUCCUUUUUUGUAUAAAUAAAAUUUUUAUCUAUGAAUUUUGUAUCAUAUUAUUAAUUAUUUAAUGAUUUCAGUGAUUGUUUUCAACGGGUCAGUUGGAAUAUAUUGAACCAGUCGAUAUCAGCAUUGGUUAAAAAUAUUAAAAGCACGUUGAUAAAUGAUAUCCCGAAAAUUAAAAACAAACUAUUGUACCUAAACAUAAUAACCGGCAAAGGUUUAUUGUGCUCAAGUAUUAUGCGAGAACAGUUAAACUCAGGGAUGGAUAUUACAUAUAAAUACGCUUUUCUCAUGUCCCUCAUUAACUGCGAGGUAAAUAGUUAUAGUAGAAAUUUUAAAAUACUCUUAAGAGGGCAUCAAAGUAACAUUUGCCGUCUCUGUCUAUUUAAUGGUUAUAUAGAAAAAUUUUGUUUUUGUGCUUUCAAUAGUACUCAGGAUUUUAAAGACCUUAAAUAAAAAUCAUUUUACCAAAUUAAAGACAAAUAUAUUUACUAUAUUUUCACGAUGUUUUGGAUUUGAUGAAAGCUUUUUCCUAUAUAUUUGUACACUAAAUUAAAAAAAAAAAAAAUUAUUUAUCAUUUUUAUUGCCUUUAUAGAAAAUUGUGUGACCAAUAUAUAUAAAAAUCCCUUAGAAAAACAUAUUGAAUGGUUUUGUCUUAAAUUUGAUAAAAUAAUUUUUUUUUUAGGAUCCUGAGUAAUAUUGGAAGUACGAACACACAUUUUUGUUGUAUUAACUGUUGAAUAAAUAGAUAAUUUCAUCUUGAAGUUUUAUUUAUUAUUAUUAAUAAAAAUAUUUUGAUAUUUUUAGUUUUCUGAAAUAGGAAUACUUCUUUUAAAGAGGUGUUUACAUAAUUUCUUUUGCGAGUAUUAUAGAUCUGCACUGGACAAACACCCAACGCAUCGUUUUUCAUAUCUAUCAUUUAUUGCCCAUUUAGUAAACUACGGUUUGGUAAGUCUUAAUUUAUAAUUUACUUACCUACUAAAUAUGUACGUAAUAUACCUUUUUAUUUAAUUAUAUAAAAAUAUACGAGUGUAUAAACGAUUGAUUAUGUAUGUAUCUAAAUAAUGAGCAUUGAAUAAAAGAUAUGAAAUAAAAAUGGAAGUAUAGCAGAAAUUAGAAUGACAGUCUUAGCGGUGUGAAUAUGUUGAAAAAUACUAUAAAUUAAUAUUAGGUUUCCUAGCAAAUUAAAAUUAUAUAUAAACAUAUUAUAUAAGAAGAAGAUAAAUGAAUAUUGAUGAGUCAAUCAGUUAAGUGUAUGUUAAAAUUCGAGCAAAAGAAAGUGACUAGAGGUUAUAAGCAAGAAAAAUAAAUAUGAUGGUAUGUGGAAUAAAUAAACAAAUGACGAUGAAUUGGGAAACGUGUAGGGUGAGGAUAUGACUAACUGGGUCCAUUUGCAUGUGUGGGAUAAAUGUGAAGAACAAUGCCAUCACCAGGGGUAGACCAGGAUGGAUGACCCUAAAUUUUUUUCUAAACAUCUGGAUCACUCAGUAUAAAUGUAUAGUAUUUUUAUAUUAUGUUACUUACAUCAUAUUUUAAAAUAUAUAAAACGGCCCAAAUAAAAAAAAAAAAACAAAAUUCUUCACUUAAUUUAAAAAUGAUAGUGAUAAUAUAUUUAAAACUAUUGGUUACAAUAAUUUGAAAAAUGCUAAGUCCAAUAAAGGGUUAUUAAGUAGGUAAUAAAAAUAUUGAUAAACAUGAGAAUAGUAUUUUAUGAUAGAUUAACAUACGAAAAUUAAUAAAAUAGAAAUUCUGUAUUGUCACAAAUAAGUAAUCAUCAUACAAUAAUAAUCAAUGGAAACAGGCAGUAUAUUGAAUGAAUAAUAAUUUUACUAUGAAAGGCAUUGCAUUUAGUGAAAAUUUUGAGAAUAAAUCUAGUAUGAAUGGGAAUAAUUUUUUAGAUCUAAUGAAUGUCAUUUUUUGAUUUUGGAAAGUAGUAAUAAAAAAAAUGUAAUGGUCCAAUAAAUAUUAGGUGCCUACACCAUUCAAUUCAAAAUGAAAUAUUUCACAUAGUAGCUAAUAUGAUAAUAAAUUACAUUUUUCAGAACUAAACUAGUCUUUUUUGCAAUUAUUAUACACAUUAAUAAUAAUGUUAUAAGGCAUAUUGUAAUUUUGAAAAUGUAUAUUAUUAUUUUUAAAAAGAAGUGCAGGUCUUAAUUGAAAUAUUUGGUUAAUGUCGACAUACUCCUGUUAAAUUGGUAAAUGUUAAAAAAUGAAAAAAAAUGUAGACAUUUACUAGUGAAUGUUGACAUUCACAUCAAGAUUUUGAUCAAUGUUGACAUACUUAUUUGCACAUUAAGUAUAGACUAUAAAUUAUACUAUUAUUAUACAAAUGCAAUAUAACAAAUAGGUACGUGUUUAAUUUAUUUAAUUUUCAUUGAUAUUAAAUUUUCCUUAGAUAGGUACCGAGAACUAAUUUCUGAUGUAUAAUUAAUUUACAACAUCAUUUUUGGUAGCUAAUAUAUAAAAUCAUUAUCUACUACCUAUUUCUAAUACUAAGGCUAAAAUAUUUGUUAAAUCCAUUUUAUUACGAUCAACAUCUGGAACUCAAAUACGGACAGUUUCCCCAACUUUAGCCUGAAAAAACUUUUGUUUUAAAUAAGAAAUUUAUAAAGCUAUUAAUAAGUUGUAAACUACCUAGAGGCUUAUCCACAAAACAAUAUCGGCAUUACCAACAUUCACCGAAAUCGUUAUAUAAAUGUCGGCAUUCACUAGUGAAUGUUUACAAAUAGUACAAAUUUAAUAAAUUUACCAAUAUUCACUAAUGGCUGUGGUGGUGUGUCGACAUUAACCGGUGACUGUCAAUAUUAAUCAACUGCAGAUAUUCACAGUAACAUAUUUAUAAUGUUCUCAAUAAUAUAUGGAAGAAAGAGAGCAUUACUGAUGUUUUGAAAAUUGGCUAGUAACAUAUAUUACCCUCAACAGUGAUGGUUUUUUUUUCUUUUAACCUAUAACUGUAACCAACUUAUAAGUGAUAUAGGUAAAGUGAUUCUCAUUAAGCCACAGGCCCUUUUUAUUAACCAUUAGUCUCAGUUUGGCCCACGCAGAUAAAAAUCCUAACGACAUGACUGGCAAAUAAUGUAUAUAUUAUUUAAAUGAUUUAAUUUGAUUUUUGUAUUCAUAUUUUAUUUAGGCCCAUCCAAUUGUAGCUGUAGAUUUGGUCAAGUUGUUUCUAAAAAAACCCACUGAAGAAUCAAUUAAAAUGGCCUUUAUAGUCAUACAUACAUGUGGGCAUCACAUGCGAAAAAUGUGUUCUGUGGAUAUGGACGAUAUAGCAAACACAGAUCUUAACAGCUUGGGAAAUAUCGAUAGUGGAGUAAAUUAAUAUUUUUAUACAUUUAUUUUUAUUAUUUAGUUAAUAUAUACAAGCGAGUCUUUUACUAUAAACAAACAAUUUCUUGUUGGACUUUAAGUGAAUUUGAUUUUUGUUUUUCAGUUCAAAUCGAAAGAGUUACCAACAAUAAAUAAUAAAUUAUUUAUCAUUUAAAUACAAAUAGGUAUGCAAUUUAUUAGUGGGGGGGGGAGUUGCUAUUUAAAAAUCCAAAGUGAAUACUUGUUUCAUAUAUAAGGAGUAGGAAUAAAAAUUUAAAAUAGUGUUAAAAUAAAAUUUAUACGGUUCCAUAAUGAUAAAAAAAAAAACAGAAAUCAAAUUCUCAAAUUCACUUAAAAUCCUUUGAGAAAAUUGCUGGUUCGUGACGUUCAUGAUAAAAGAAUCUCCCUGUAUAUACAAUAUACAUUUUACAUUUCAACAAUUAUUUUUAAUACACACGUUUAGAUUUUGAGCGCUGCAAGAAAUUUAUUUAUUUUACUAUGAUACCUAUGUACUUUUUUUAAUUUUUAUGUUUACCAGAUAUCUCACUCCAAUCAUAAUUGACAAUAAUAUUUUAAUAUUUUAAUAUUAUAAUAUUUUUAAUCUAGUUGGUGAAUUAUGGAGAUCAUUUCUGUGUACAUUUCUGAUUUUUUAAGUACUUUUUAUUAUACAAGAAACUCUUUAAUAACUAUGAUUAAAUUCUAUUUGUAAAUUGUACUUAACUAGUAUCAUAAUAUAUAUUUAUAAAAUACAUUUUAAAACAAAAACAACAAAUGCACAUUUGUUUACAAUUAAAGACUUAUUUUAAACAAAAACAAAAAAAUAAAUUAAAAACUUUUAUUUAUUUUUGCAACUAUGCAAAACGUAUUUAUUUUAUGUUAGUACCAACCAUGGUCAUUUACAGAUAAGAUAACCAUAAAGAGCUUAAAUGCUUAUUUUUACCAAAUAUUCUUGAAAAUAUGCGUGUAGUACGAACACGAAUAAAAUAUUAUUAAACAAAUAUGUAGCCGACUUAAAGAGUCAUUGUGGAACAUUUUAAUAUCUAAUAGUAUUGUUAUAUAUAUUACUCAACUAGAAUAAACUAAUAUAUUAUUAUAUGACGUUAUAUGAUCGUUAUAUUGUUAACCUACGAAUUUAAUAUGACGAAGAUUUUAUUUAAUACCCAUUCUAUUUCUUACUUUCUAUUACCUAUAGUUAUUGUUUAUGAUUAGGUACCUAAAUCUGCAUUCAUUCCCUUCAUUGAUAACAUUACCUAUUUAUUAAAAUACUUAUCAUCUUUAAAUGUAUAAUUUAUAAUUUAUUUGAAAUAUAAUUUAACGCAUUUAAUGUUUAUCAUAUUUUAGGUGAAAUUCAAAAUAAAUAUCACGAUAUUCGGCUUGAUUAAAAAUAAUAAGUACAGCAGCAUCAAAUUUCCUACUAUAGGAACGAUUGAUUAUAAAAAUACUCAUUUGUUUAAAUUAAACGACUAUAUAAUCGAUCCGGAAGCAUACCUCAGUAAUUCAAUAUUUAAUUUAAACAAAAUAGAUUUUUUUUUUUUAAAUAAAAAUUUUUUUUUUGUUUUAGACUAUUAUGCUUAUAAACCAACGUGCGAUGCCGAAACAUACCGGUUAUAUUACGAGCAAUUUAUUUUAACGGAAAAUAACCGGGACAACUACUUGUUGAUUUACGAUAUUCAUGAAGGUUUACAAGAAAAUACUAGUAAGAAUUAUUAUCGUAUUUACAUAAUUCUAUAUAAUAUUGAGAAAUUUUAGUUUCUAAAUAGAGCGAGGAAGCUUAUAAUUUUACAAAGAUGUUUAUUAUUUUCAUUUUACCUGUGCGUAACUUUUCUACCAGAAGACUUGCUCGGAUUUCUAAGUGUAGCACCUCUUCUGAAAGGAAAUCGACAUGGGGAGGUAUUUUAAAGAGAUAAUUUUUCGACUUUCUUAAUUUCUUAAAUUUUCUAAAUUUUAGCCAUAUACACAGGAUGCUGAACCUCAUAGAGCCUAUUGAAAAAUAAAACUCUUGAAAUCUAUGAUGAAAACUAGUGAUGUGACAUAAAUCUAGAUUAUCAAGAAACUCUAAUUAUUGAUUUUGAUUUUUCUAUGUUCAAACAAAGUGUAUUAAAUGAUUUUUAUAAAAAAAAUUUUAAACAUCCGAAAUCUGGAUUUUAAAUUAAUUUUUGAUUUUGGAUUCCAAAACGGGAAUGCCCGGAAAACGUUACAAUAUCAAAAUAGUUUUAUAUUCUGUGAUUUAUCGCUGUCAACAUAUCAUCAAUGACUAUUCUAUCAGAACAUGCAUUGCAAUGUAUUUUCCCAAGAACCUAUCUAGAAUUCAAAACACAAAAACCGCAGUUAGAAUGUCUAAAAAUGUAGAUGGAUGUAUAUUCUCAUCCAGAUAAUCUAUGAUUAUUAUUGUCAUGAACCUACAUAAAUGAUCAUUCAGAAAAUUAGCCUUCACAUCAAUUAAGGCAAUACUGUCGGACAGUAAUAUUUUCCAUGCAUUUUGAUGACUGCUAUUAUUCAAAUAAACAAAUUUAAUCGAAAUAAAUAAUUUAUUAUGAUUUAAAACGCCAAAGUGCCCCGAUCAAAAUUGCUAAAACGCAAAUAUUGUGCGGCCGUAGCUUUAAAUAUAGGUGGCUGGCAAGUUCACGUUUCCGCGAUUAAUUGCCAAAUAUCAAGCUGUUUUGUUAUUGUUCCACCUGAAACGCAAAACGUGACUAUGGGGCCACCCGUAUCUAUUUAAAUUAUUUUGAUAAAAUCCCUAAAUAACUAAAAUGCUAUCAUUAUCGCCGAAACGCAGAAUCGCUUUUAUUGAGACCGUAGGUUUCGUGUUCCGUUAUGGUUUCAUAUGCGUAAUAUUCCUACUGAACUGCCACGAAGAGAUUUUUGUUAUAGGCAUCCACCUAAUUUUGAUUUUUGUUUUUUAAGAUUAUUAAACAAAUAAAUAUGAUAAUAUUAUGUACAAGAGACCGUCAAUUUGGAAAAAUCUGCAAGUAUUAUUCGGGUAACAUCAAAAAAAAAAACCAAUUGGCAAUAACAACUAUAUUAUAUUGUACAAUAUAAACUAAAUUCCCACAAUACGCCUUUAAAUCUGUAAAUUAGUAUGUUUCUUUUUAGAAUACCUAAAUGUCAAAUAACUGCCUUCGUAUUAAAUGUCUCGAAAACCUCAGGCGAAUAUGUAUGAUAUUCUAUGUCAAAUAAAUAAAUAGGUCGGUAUACCGUUAAGUGGUUUUUUUUUCCAAUGAUGUCAUUUAUCGGGUUAGGUGUAUUUUUGUUAAUUAAACGAAUUUUUUAUAUAUACUGUUAGAUAAUGCCGUCAAAAACUACUAUUCCUCUAUGAUUAGAUUAGGUGGGUACCUAGGUGUGUUAUAUACAUAAUAUGAUUACUAUGUAACUAUCACCCAAAACAAAUUUGUCAAAAUUUAAUAAAGCCUUCCACAUUUGUUUAUAUAAAAAUACACAUCAUAUUAUAUUUGUAUAAUUUAUAUAUAUUGGUAUCUAAGUAAGAAUAUAUCGUAUACAGAUGCCAGAGAUAGAUAAUUAAUAAUAAAAAGUACAAUAUGAAAUAUGACACACAAACACUCAAGUUUUUUUUAAUAAUCCUUCGUUUUCAGUUUGAAUAUCUAAAAUAUUGUGGUUGUUUUUCGUAAUUUUAAUAUAGGUAUACAUAUUUUGUUUACCUAAUAAUUCAGUAAAAUAUUUUUUUUUCGAUUACUGGGAAAGUUGUACUCACACACUAGGUACUAUAUUAUAUUAAUAUUACCAGAAUGCCGUUUUUUCCACGAAAAACAUUUUUCCGGUUAAUAAAAAUUCUGCAAAAAAUUCCCAUUUGUAUUUUAAAAUAUGAGCAUUUUACAUUCGGUGAUAUAGUUAUAUAUGCAUUUUUCUAGAUUUCCAAAAGUAUUUAUAAAAAAAAAACAAACUAUAAAAUAUGACAAUACACCGGUUUUCGACAAAAUAUAGGAAUAUAGCGUUGAAUUUUAAAAUUGUAACGUUCAACUUUAUAAUGUUCAAAGAACGUAUUCGUAAUUUUUAAAUGUAACAUCACAUAUAUAUGUUAUCUUUAAGAACAUUUAAAUUGGACAUGUUCUUAGUUUCCUACUUAAUCAACUAUUUAGGAAAAAUUUCGAAAAGAUAAAAUGAAGUAAAAAUUAUAAAAUAUCAUGAUGAGUAAUAAUACCUAAAAAUAAAUUAAAAUUGUAUUCAAUAUCGCAACAAAUAAGAAUAAAUAUUAUUAAUUAUCAAUAAUUAUUACUUUUCAGUGGCAACCUACAAUGUGAAAAAUAUCCCAAAAAACAUGAAAUUUAUAAAACGUACGAUUUCCGAAUUAGUAACGAAUUGGUUUAUAUUUGAUUACGAGACAAAUGCUCGGAAAUUAAUGAAACUCAAAAUCGAACAAGGCCAAGAAACAAUGGUGUGUGCUUUGUUAAUGAAAUUGUGUUAUACAACAAAAAAUAAUUAUGCGAUUGUUGAACGAAUUGGAUACAUAACACAAGUAAAAUUUUAAUUUAACAUUAUAAUAAAUCAUCAUUAAUUUUGAUAGUUUUCUUUGUCUAUUAGAACUUAAAAAGUACAAAAACAAUUGCUAUACAAUAAAAUAAUAUAUCCUUAUAGAUAAGGGAUUUCUAUAAUAUCACAUUGAUGAUUUAGAAUGAUUAUUUCAACCCCCCCCCCACCCACCUUCACACACACACAUAUUCAUUUUUAAAAAUAUGAAUGAAUUUUUUACUGUUUAAAACUAUCUGAAAAAUAAAUAUUGGAAGACCUUAGGUAUUAGAUGUGAACCAUUAAAUAUACUAAUUUAUUAACUGUUAGGUACAUAUUAUAUAUAUUUAUUUAGGUAUAAAGUAAAUAAAGAGUAGAAUACGUGUGAUUAAUUAUAUUUUACAUUAUUAUAUAUUUCUAAUAAGUGCUAUAAUUAGGCUUCAGUAUCAACAUUUUAGAUGCGGUAAAUUCUAUAUCACUUUUUAUAUAAAACAUAACAAUAAUUUAGCAUUUCAUUAAAUACCCAGGGUUCUGAUUAAUCAAUAGGAUGAAAAGGCUCCAACCUAGAGUACAACAAAACAAUUUUUUUUUUUAAUAGAUUUCUUUCAAACUUGUAUAAUAUAUCAAUGACCAUAGACAUUGCCAGACCUUUUUUGAGAGGUAUGAGUUCCCAAAUUGGGGAGAAUUUGGCCGAUGAUAAAAAAAGGCCCUAUACGUAUCUAUGCCCAAUAUACUACAUAAAUGUUAAACAAAAUAUUAUUUAUAAAUGAAUAACUUUACGAUGACGAGUGAUUAGGGUGGGAAAUAGAGAGUAGCAUAAUAUUAUAAAUAUUUCGAUUAACUACGUUUUGAUUAUUUUUCGCAGAUAUUUGUUCAAUUGGACGAGUUUUUUGUUAAGCCGCUGGAGCAAUCGUUUCCUCAUAAUUAUUUAAACGCCCACAUUUUUAAUCCUAUUGAGAUAAUAUGCAUAUCCAAGUAUUAUGCACACCUCUUAUUUAGCGACACGAUAUCCUGGGAUGUUUUUUCCAUCAUCGAUAUUAACACAAUGGACAAAAACAAUGAUUCACGUCAAUUAAUUUUUGUUGUAACCCUGUUUUACGAGUUGUUAAACAAUUUAGGAUACGAUAAUUUGGCUAAUAGAAUUUGCAGCGAGUAAGUAAAAUUGUUUAAUUUAUUGCACAUAUUCAUAAAUAUAUUUUAUUUGCAUAAGUGAUAACUAGUAUAAACCUACAUUUACGUGAUGUCCUAUUGCCUAAUUUAAAAUACUUACCCAUCUACCCAUACAUAAAUCGAUUGUUAUAUUUGCGUUUCAGAUUUAACAUAAAAGCGUUUGAAAAGAUAUUCCUCCUGGAUGGAGCAAUUGAACUUUUCCAAUCGAUGAAAUUGGAAAAAUUCGUGUAAGUAUUUUAUGAAACACAGAUAGGUUAAGUGUAUUUAAAUUGGUUUAGUACUUACGUUUCAAUUUUUAGCUACAUGUACAAACAAAGUUACAAUUCAAUGAAGUAUUACCUGAAAGACAACUAA